AUUCUAGUUUCCUAUGAAUUGUGAGCUCUCACUUGACUUGUUAUUAUUUAUAUUAUCCCGUAUUAUCAUAGAAUCUAAAUAAUUGCAGCAAUUGUGUUUGAAAUACAUGAUAACGAUAAUAUGAUUAAUUACUAUUUCAAGAAAAGUCGUUGUUCUGAUAAGCGUUAAUAAAAUUUGUCAUCAAUUUAAGACAAUUAUCAACAUGUUUCGCAAGGAAUGAGGAAAUAACAAUUACAAUAAUAAUAACAAUAGUGAAGCACUUUUGCACAAAUAAUCAAGCUCCGAACAACAGUUAGCUGUACUAUAGAUGUUAGACAACGAUGUGUAUUUAAUACAAUACAUGUAUAUUACAUACUUAAACAUAUUUAUCACAAAUUCAGCCGGUCAGAGCUCUAUAUCAUAUUUACUGUGAAAUAAUUGCGACAUUUGUUUCUGCGUUCAAUACGACGGCUUUCUCUCAAAAAUAUAUCUUAGCUGAGCACGAAUUUGAGACCCCAACUAAACCAUGAGUAGCAAUGGAAAAUCCCCUCGCUUGUCACGCGAAAUGCGCUCGCUUUCUCGAUGUUUUGGAGGUGUGGCCAACUAUUGGGCAGAAAUAUUUGUAAAAGCAAGGUCGCUCCGAGAAGUGUGCGAACAUCCCAAGAAUUUACAAAACUUCCGAUGGAGCUGGAUCCAACUAAAGGGUUUUAUUACGGAAACGGGGGCAAACAAUACCAUAGCAAGUUGUUCUUCCGUUAAAAAGUAUUAAGAUAUGAUAACACUUUAUGUGUAGAGGCAGUGGGUGACAUUAAUUAUUAUCAAUUAUCAAUUUGAUUAAAUGUAGGUUCGGUGCAAAUAAACACAUCACACAUGAUAAUAUUAUUUAUUUGAAGAGACCGGUUCCUCAAGUGAUAUAAUAUUUAAUAUCUUUCUAUUUUUCUUUUCUUUUGCCCUCAGAAUAUUUUUCGGAUUUUCGCCUUUAUUAGCUUGCUUUGUUUCUCUAUACGCUAGUAAUAUAGCUAGGUAAUACUAUUGUAAGUCUAUGCAUACAACAUUUUAUUGGUUAUUUUCUUUGCAAACGAGCAGAGCCGUAAUUAAUAACAAAAUUAAAACUUUAAUGAGUUUCCACUCAUUGUGUUUAUAUUUAUCGAUAAGUUUUAAGUUUUUCUAUGAAAUAUGAAAACUUUAUUGCUAUGUAAGUAAUUCUUUUUCAGUUAUAAAGUAAGAAUUGCUGACCCGGCAAUCGAUGUUUUGUUACCCGCUCAUUUUAUGAAUUAUCAUAUUAUGUAGUGAAAUAUCAUUGACUCAAUUAUUUGUAAUGCGAAUAUAAGUAUUUCUAAGUCAAUAAAAUAUAGGUUUCGGAUAAGUAAUCAACAACAUAUCAUAUACUAAAACCUUCUCCGAAACACACUGCAUCUUAUGGUAUAAGUAGUAUUCCGAUUGGUUCAGUAGUUUUUGCAGUAUAACUGAAGUAAAAAACAGCUCUCCAUUUAUUAGUAAAGAUUUAUUAAUAUAUCGUUAGUUCCAAAUUCUGAGGGAUAUGUGUAUGAGCGUUUUUAAUUAAUGUUGUUAAAUAAUGACUUUUUCAUAUUUACAUCCGAGGAGACACAAGCGCACGUGAUGCAGCUGAUGGGACCUGAAAACAGCCGUCAAUGUAAACUUCCAAUGAGAUAGGUCAUGAGAUGAGUUGCCGGCUGUUGGGAUUUUUUUUAAAUGUAAAUAAGGGACUAGUUCAUUUGCUGUUAGUAUUUGUAAUGGUAUUCGGUAAGAAGCGGUUAAGAGAAAAUCAAAAUCAAAACGUUCUUGAGUCUAAUACCACAUGGAUUGACAUUUCUGGAAACCUCAGAAAGAGUUUCGCUCUGGGCUACGCACUUGAUAAUUUCAAAAAGAACACUGUUUCUUCACCAAUUUCGGCACUACUAGCUAUCGGUAAGGUAGCUCUAGCUGCAACGGAUAAAAAUUUGGAGGAACUUCUUGAUGCCAUUGGUUUAAAAAACCGUAGAGAGAUUGGCCCACACUUUCGACCUAUCAUAGCAGCUCUACGAUUUCUACCAGGUGUGACGUUGGACAUAGCCAGUAGAUUAUAUGUUGAUAUAAAAACACAUCUUCAAUCAAAGUUUGAUGAAGAAGCGAAGGAAAUCUUUCAUGCCAGUGUCGCCAAAGUGAAUUUUGAAACACCGGUCACUACAGCAGAUACAAUCAAUAAUUGGGUAGCAGAACAAACUAUGAAUAUGAUAAAGGAAAUUGUGAAAUCCGACGACGUGUCACCAGAUACUUCGUUAAUAUUAAUUAAUGCUAUUUACUUCUUAGGUAAAUGGAAGGAUCCAUUUGUAUCAGUUCAGGCUUCCACAUUUCACACGCCAACCGACGUCCGCAGAGUAAGCAUGAUGUCUAUUACACGGGAAUUCAACUAUACUGACUGUAAAUUUUUGAAUGCAAAACUCGUUAUGAUACCCUACGUCGGUGGUAAAACCUCAUUCCUGAUCGUCGUACCAAAUGCUAUAAAUGGACUUAAAGUUCUAUUGGCACAAUUGAAGUUAGCUCCGGAAUUGCUGAACAAGGCAAUCGAUGAAAUGAAGCCAAAAAAAGUAGAUCUAGCAAUGCCCAAAUUUAAAAUAGAAUCAAAAAUGGAUCUGCGUAAUAUGCUUGAAAAGGUUGGUGUAAAGCGCAUUUUCAAUAAAUAUGAGUCAGGCUUGAGUGGCAUGGUAAAGGAUAAAAAAGUUUUCGUGUCGAAAGCGACACAAAAAGCAAUUAUUGAGGUUAAUGAAUUUGGUACCGAGGCUGCGGCAGUAUCAGAAUGCGGAACACGUCCCGUAUUGGAGCAUUCGCGCUGUCUGUUUGAUGGGACCUUAAAUUUAAAACUUGCCAGAAGAAUAUAUUAGCACAAAGCUAUAUUAAUGUCAAAUAAUAGAGUAGUUGAUCGUUAUAAUUUAUUAUUUAUGGCAAACUCUGGAAUGCCAAGAUUACCACGGCUAAAAAUUCUUUUGAUGAUGUCGAACAACGUUAUAUAAGACUCUUCAUUUUUAUUACUCAUAAGCACAUGAAUCAACGGCACUACAUGAGUCUUUUUGGAUUUGGUCCCGAAAUCACCGUGGAUUGAAAAUAAUUGAACGAAAGGAGGUGGGACACGUAAUAACAAAGUAGCAUUGCAAAAAUACUCGUCUAUAGUUUCCAUUUUUGAUUUGGUAUCAUUUGUCACAAAUAUGAUUAUCCUACUAUCGCCAUGGGACAUGGGAUUAUAUAAAAAAUAAAGCCAAAGAUUUGGGUGCCUCAGUUGGCAAAGUAAAAGACUUUUUAGAGUACAUGAAGAAAUACUGGCUCAAACAUGAAAGUUUCAUUGCAGAAUGGAACGUUUACGGUCACACGAAACGACACAGAACAAUUAAUGUUUGCCAAAGUUGGCACUCUUCACUUAACAAAAUAAUUAACAAAAAUUAUGAGACAGUUAAUAAAUUAUUAACUGUCUUAAAAGAGGAUAUGGAAAUAGUCAUUGAAAAAAGCCCAAGGAAAAAGAGACAAAUUGAG